AUGAAAAAGUUAAAGCCUAAAGUUUAUGGGGCACCUCAGACCCCAUUCACAGCUAACAUUCGCUUCCCUUGCAUCCCACUCCCCCCUACUAGCUACUCCCUCUUGCGACCCAGCUCACACGCGUCACUCCUUCUCCUCACCACGCCAACCACAACGGAUCUCGGUCGCACCACCCCCAUCACGACCCACACCCAUCAUCAACCCGAAUCCACCCACCGUGUGGUCAACCACCACGAGCUUCAGUCGCACCACUAG